CUGUGCCGGCCAUCGUCAAUAAGAUGCUAGAAAGCGACCUGGCUCGCGAGAUCAACACUCGUCGUGUGUUUUUGUCCUCGGAAGGAAUCGGCGAUCGGAGCGGCAACCUCGUCUCGUCUCGUGUGGAAUCUGGUCGUGUCGAGGACGGAAGAUGUCUGCGCGGGAGCGAGCGUUCAGCACCAAGGACAGCGUCAGUCUGCUGCCCUGCUUCUACUUCGUGGAGCUGCCCAUCCUGGUGUCCUCCAUGGUCAGCUUGUACUUCCUGGAGUGGACGGAUCUGUUCCGGCCCGUCAAGUCCGGCUUCCACUGCCACGACCGCAGCCUGAGCCUCCCCUACGUGGACCCCAGCCACGAGGUCAUCCCUCUGCUCAUGCUGCUCAGCCUGGCGUUUGCGGGGCCCGCCAUCACGAUCAUGAUCGGGGAGGCCAUCUUGUUUUGUUGUCUUUCUCGACGCAAGAACUGUGCUGGAGCGGAAGCCAACAUCAACGCAGCCGGCUGCAACUUCAACUCCUUCAUACGGAGGGCCAUACGUUUUGUUGGCGUCCACGCGUUUGGUCUCUGCGCCACGGCGCUGGUCACAGACAUCCUCCAGCUGAUGACGGGCUACCCCACGCCGUACUUCCUCACCGUGUGCAAGCCCAACUACACCACGCUCAGCAUGAGCUGCGAGCACAACCCCUACGUCAUGGAGGACAUCUGCUCAGGCGGCGACUCGGCCGCCAUCAAUCGGGGCAGGAAAUCCUUCCCGUCCCAACACGCCACUCUGGCAUCCUUUGCUGCUGUCUAUGUAUCGAUGUACUUCAACAGCACUCUGACCGACUCGUCCAAGCUGCUCAAGCCCCUGCUGGUCUUCUCCUUCAUCAUCUGUGCCAUCAUCUGCGGCCUGACCCGUAUCAUCCAGUACAAGAACCACGCCAUCGACGUCUACCUGGGGUUUCUGAUUGGCGGCGCCAUCGCUCUCUACCUCGGUUUGUAUGCAGUUGGAAAUUUCCUCCCGAGUGAGGAGCCAAGCACCAUUACCCCCUCCCUGCCCCACUGCCCCUCCUGUUCCCUACCCCACAUCAGCCAGGAGGCGGUCCUUCAUCACCUCCAAAUGAAAGCCAGCAUUUCUGGGGAGCCAAGAAUCAGUACCUCCCAAUCUGAAGGCAUUCUCCAUCGCGGUCUUCCUCAGCAGAACACUGACGAGAGCCUGAAGUGCUCCAGCAGAGACGCCGAUGGGAUCCCACCCCACAGCCCACGCAGCAAAGAUACCACGGUGACCUUUAGCCACACCCUCCCUCGCGUCCACACCCCGCAGGCUAUAGCAGCGUACGAGGAAGCAGCACGGCGUCACGCCGCCACCCUCAACCAUGCUUCCAUGGAUUCCAGUCGUUCCAAGCAGCUUUUGUCACAGUGGAAAAAUAAAAACAGCCACAAACCCAUCCUGCAGGUGCCGGACUGUUUCCCGCCCUCCGGAGACCUGUUGUCCGUUCAGUCCGCUCAGCAUCCCCAUUACCACGGCAGCAUGGAGGUCCGAUCCAGCUCGGAACCGUCAGCGGUGAGCCUGGAUGCCGGCUUUGACGCGCAUGCUUACAUGUCCAAACUGACCACAGGCGCAAGUACCACGCUGCCCAGUAACUGCAGCGGCAUUACUGGAGGAGCCAGAAUGUUGAUGCAGUCCCGACCUGGGUCUUCGCAACUGGUCCACAUACCCGAGGAAUCACAUGAAAAUUACCAUCAUACCUCCCCUAGGGCAGCAGGAGGAGGGGGUGAGGGUGUUGCUUUAGUUGAUGGCACAGUUCAGGCUAACUGGCAAAGGGUAGCUGAGAAGACAACCCAACCUCGAAUUAUUCAAGUCAUCGCCAUGUCCAAGCAGCAAGGUCUCCUUCAGACUCAUUCCAGAAGCCUGGAUGAGAGCAGCACUGUCGGAAGUUCCCAGGGCUUGGCUCACUAUCGGGCUUCUGCUGACAAGGAGCCGAGUAGCACCACAGGACCCAGCUCUCUGGGAAGCACCACAGGCAGCAUUUCAGGGAGUACCGGAGCAAUCGUCAGGAUAGAAGCCCAUCCUGAAAACCACAAAUUGGUCAUCCCAGCCCCUAUCAUCCAAGCCCCAUCCACCGAUGGUAGUGGCUCAUGGAGGUGGCGGUCUCUGGAUCACGGCAAUGGCGCCGCCGGAGGGCCUGGAAGUCUGAGGCAGUCCUUUGACCUCAAUGAUCUCAGCAGAGACUCUGAAAGCUCCGACUCGAUACGAGAAGGCUCUAUUGACAGGAAGCGUUCUAACAAUGCCGUGGUUACUGUUCAGUCUGGCCAAGCUUGUGUUGCCGAGCAGAAGCACCACAAUCCCUCCACCAUCAGGGUGACUCCAGGAGAUGGUUGUGGGCCCGGAUUUGGAGGAGAUGCAGCUUCAGAAAUACUCUCAGCCGCCUCUAGUCGCGAGUCCACGCUACGACGAAAAGGCCAUAAUGUCAUCUUGAUUCCAGAGAGAGGAAACAGCCCAGAUAUCACUCGGAAUGUUUUCUACAAGGGAACAUCGACACCUAGUAAGGAAUAAUGCACACAUUACUUGGAGGUUCCAGGGAACUACCAGCAAAAAGCAUCCUUUGGUCUGUACCAAUCAGACGCUAGUUCGUUCUCCCCCCUUGGUGCGUCUGGUCCGGUGUAAAUGAAUCAUCCAACUUUGGUGCCAACAAACAAUUCAAAGACCGUCCAGAUGAGCCGCAGUUUGGUUGCGUUGUGAAAGAAAGUUUUAAUCAUCUUAAUAAUUUGGUUUGACCGUGAUCUCGUAAUGUUGACGCAACGAAAGGUUGUAAACGGAUGAGACGAUGAAACCGACGUAAACUUACGCAACACGUCUUGAGCUGAGUAUGUCUGCAGUUAGCCUGUUGCUUAACACCGUGCUGAAGGAAGUUCAUAUGUCUGCAGUUUACAGGAUCUGUCUGCGCGAAGGCAUCAUCGGUACACCAAAUGUUAGGGCUUGUCGAUAUGACUGAAAACUGUAUCAUGAUACAAGUGUUUUAUACCGCUCCAUCCAUCGUCUUCAUCUUACCCGAGGUCAGCUCGCGGGCGCAGCCGCCUAAGCAAGAGAAGCCCAGACUUUCCUCUCUUCAGCGUCUUCGUCCAGCUCUUCCUUGAGAUGCAGAGGCGUUCCCAGGCCAGCUGGGAGACAUAGUCUUUCUAUCGUGUCCUGGGUCUUCCUCGUGGCCUCCUACCGGACGUUCCCGAAACACCUCCCCUGGGAGGCGUCCGGUGGGGCGUGUCCUGACCAGAUGCCUGAACCACCUCAUCUGGCUCCUCUCUGAACGAGCAACGGCUUUACUCUGAGCUCCUCCCGAAUGACAGAGUUCUAUCUCUGAGGGAGAGCCCCGCCACCCAGCGGAGGAAACUCAUUUCGGCCGCUUGUACCCGUUUCGGUCAUAACCUAAAGCUCAGGACCAUAGGUGAGGAUAUAGGAAGUCGAUCGACCGGUAAACCGAGGGCUUUGCCUUCCGGCUCAGCUCCUUUUUCACCACGAUGGAUCGAUACAGGAUUUGCAUCACUGCAGAUGUGUCCAUCGCGAUAUAUAUUGAUAUAAUUUUAUUGGCCAGCCCGCACGACUAUAACCUCCCAAGAUUUAUGAGUGCACUGCACUAUUUGCUGCUGCCAUGUGGAGAUUUAACGUAUAAUUACAUUAAUCCAAACUCUAAAAGUACACGUUUGUGUUUCUCUGGGAACAAAUUACCUUUAUUUACCUUAAUUCAAGUACUUUUUAGGAAAAGUAACUGAAACUACUGGACUAUAGAGCGCACCGGUAUAUAAGCCGCACCCACCAAAUUUUAGAAGAGAAAAAUAUUUUCCAUAUAUUAGCGGCACUGGACUAUAAGCCGCAGAUACAUACCGGUAUGAAAGAUAUUUGUAAAUAUUUAUAUACCUCAAUUGUUUCCAAACGGUGUCUGUAACACGGCAGUAAAAUGGUUGAUCAAACAAAACAGAAGUCAUCAUCAUGGACCCAGUAGCUGCGGAAGCUAGAUCUCCAAUCAGCUAAACAGACUCAAACACUCCACGCUGACGUUUUGGUGAAUUUACUGAGGACUUUGUGAAACUGAAACGACACAUGUCUAUGAAGGUUCUCGUUUAUCCGGGUGGUUGUCAUCUCAGGGCCUUCAAUCGAUCGCAACUGGACCGCUUGGUUUGUCUUGGAAGACGUUUCGCCGCUCAUCCGAGUAGGCUUCAUCAGUUCGUUCUCAUUGACUUAGUUUGGUCAGAUCUUGUGUAAACCCUCCAAAACCAGGAGGGUGUGCCUGGGUAAGGACGGUUUUGCCUUUUCCUCUUUUGUACCAUCCGUUCUGAGCAGGGAGGACGUACGGUAUGAAAGAGGAGUGAGGGAAGCCAUCCAUGUCAAGGUUGAAAAAUCAUCCCUGAACAGAGGAGGUGGUCUGCGACACCACCUGUCUCCCACAUACAACACUGUCCUUUCAGACAUUCCUAAAAGACUCUGCAAUUUAUCUUCCAACAAAUAACAGGGAGUUAGAAACAUUCUGGUCACAGAAGGUGACCAGAAUACCCUUUGUGCCGUUUGUUUACAACUGAAUGGAAUGCUUACGCGGGGGGUUUCCGGCUAUUUUGGACUGGUAGUAGUCGAUCCAAUAACUCGAAGCCAACGACUGUCGCUGGCUUUGACAGUUGUAUUGCUUGUUUGCAUCAAAACAGUUGUUUUUUUCACUACCAUAGGGCAAAACCAUGCUUGCCCCGGCAAACCCUCCUGGUUUUGGAGUAUAAAUAUUUGGGGUUUUGGCACCAGCCGCUACACCAGAUCUGACCAAACCAAGUCUAUGAGAACAAAGUUAAAGUACCAAUGAUUGUCACACACACACUGUGUAGUGAAAUUUGUCCUCUGCAUUUGACCCAUCCCCUUGUUCACCCCCUGGGAGGUGAGGGGAGCAGCGGUGCCGCGCCCGGGAAUAAUUUUUGGUGAUUUAACCCCCAAUUCAAACCCUUGAUGCUGAGUGCCAAGCAGGGAGGUAAUGGGUCCAAUUUUUAUAGUCUUUGGUAUAACUCACAACCUACUGAUCUCAGAGUGGACACUCUAACCCAGGGGUAGGGAACCUAUGGCUCUAGAGCCAGAUGUGGCUCUUUUGAUGACUGCAUCUGGCUCUCAGUUAAAUCUUAGCUGACACUGCUUAAUACGAUAAGUAAUGAAUAAUUCCGCUGGUAAUCGCAGUGUUAAAAACAAGCAGGUAUCAACCAGACUACAAAGCCAUCAGCAAAACCAUGCAGCACCAGAAGUCGCAUUAAUGGUAAGAUAAGAGACUUAUUAUACUCUAAAAAUGUUGGUCUUACUUAAAAAUGCACGCAUUUAGUUCCAUUCAAUGUUAAAAAAUAUUAUACCAGCUCUAUACUCUCGGCAGGGUCCUUGAGGGUGCAUGGGAGUUUGCCCAACCAGUCUACAUGUGUUUUGUGGAAUUGGAGAAGGCAUUCGACCGUGUCCCUCGGGAAGUCCUGUGGGGAGUGCUCAGAGAGUACGGGGUAUCGGACUGUCUGAUUGUGGCAGUCCGCUCCCUGUAUGAUCAGUGCCAGAGCUUGGUCCGCAUUGCCGGUAGUAAGUCGGACACGUUUCCAGUGAGGGUUGGACUCCGCCAAGGCUGCCCUUUGUCACCGAU